AUGGGGAACGAGAGCGAGCUCGUGGACCUCCUGAUCAAGGACGGGUUCCUCCUCGAUUGGUCAGUCCACCAGCACUACUGCACCAACUACAAGAUGACCGAGGCUACGACCCGCAACCUGGACCUUGCCCGCGAGCAGUACGUGGAUAACACGUGGGUGGACGUCGAGGCCGACGAGUCCGUCUUCGCUUCUGCGAUCACGGAUGACAAGGAGAUGAAGGAGUGUGAGAAGUGGGCAGUCGUUGUGCAGCGGGGCAAGCUAGAGACCCUGGUGCUGCUCAGAACUGAGUCGGACCGCGCGACGAAGAAGGCGCCUGGCCCAGGCGCCAUCAAGAAGACCGAGUGUAAGCCCUUCUUUUUGGGCCGCCUCAAGGAUCGCAAGGUGAUUCUCCACUUGGACGGUGCCAGGAGCUACAGGAUGAAGGCUCCUGGGGUGUUCCACGACUCUGUCAGGCACUGCAAGAAGCGCGUGAAGCGCGGGGGGACGUGGUUGUGGGUCAAGCCCGUGUGUUCCGAAAUCGUGAAGCACAAGCUCCCGAGCGGCGCGGUGCUGAAGUGGGAGUACUGGCGUCGCGGACCCGACCCGUGGUCGGCCACGGGCGAGAUGCUGUGCGACUUGAUGGGGUCCACGUUCUGCAACCGCAUGGCGUUGCCAGCCCCGUUUAAACCUGACAAGGGCCCCGGUGAAAUCGCGUUCACCACGCAGCCCCGCAUCUUGCCGAAGGGCGCGAACGGCGAGCAGCGCGCGCUGAAGCGCGCCAGGUUCGACGCCAAGGUUCGGGCCGACAUCGCCGAGGAGGUCUUCGUGGAGGGCAGGGCGCUCGCUGUCCACUGGGGGAGCUCGGCCGACAUUAAGACGCCACUCGAGCUCUUCUUCUGCGUGAUGGACAGGCGAAGAGCUGGCUACCGGUUCAUAGAGGAGUUCGGCCCGAGGGCAGACAACCGCAAUCAGUUCGUGGAGUGGACCGACGAAAAGAUAAACGACGAGCGCUCGCCGACCUUCGGCUGGCAGGCGGCCGAUGUAAAGGAGUCGCUCCGCAAGUGCGCGUCAGGUAGUGUUGGCGCAAUGGCGCUCGAGCCUUUGGCGGCCACGCUCGAGCGCUUCCACCCGCUCGUGUUCGACAACGUCGUGGCCCCCAUUCUCAAGAGCCACGACGUGCACGGGGCCAUGCGGAUUGGCAAGACCAGGGUCGGCAAAUCCACAGCGUCGAAAACCGUCGGCCUCGCCAUCUCCGCCUGCCAGAUCGAUGAAUGCGGCCGCGCCGACCUCCGCCCGAGCGUCGCCGCGACAAAGAAAAUCGAUUUCUUGCGGCUCGAACCUGGAACAGUGUUCAAGCCCGCUAUCGUGGACGACACCGCCCCCCCGAAGUGGGCCUCCGAUGCGAUCAAGGCCUUCCUCGACCCCGCCGAGGAAGACGCGCUGUUGUGGGCGAGGUGGGGCGGCGCCUCGUUCGAGCAGCGCCGGCCCCGCCAGAUCUGCGUCAAUUCGCGCGAUGAGAAGUUCGAGAAGAAGGCGUACGUGGCGAGGUCCAACGUCGCGCUGCUCACUAAGGGGUGGAUGUGCCUGUGGCUGGCGUCAACGACUAAGGAUCCAGUUUCCCGCUUCCCGUGGCCAGCGCCCGAGAAGCCAGACCUCUUCGCGCCCGAGACCACACCUAUCCUGCAGCGUUCCAGGAAGGAUCAGACUUUCACACCGCCCGACUACGACAUGCACAUGAAGUGGGCCGUGGCCGCCAUGAAGAGGCUUGCUCGGGGCGACGACGCCGGGCGCUCGAAUGCGAUCCGCGGCCCCGCGCUCUUCAACCAGGGCACGCCCCCGAGGUGCAACUUCCCUGAGGUGGGUGGCGAGUCAGACGUCUUUGGUUUCGGCGGCGGGAUGGGCGGCGACGACGGCCCCUCCGACGUGCCCGCCGCGGCCGCGCCCCCCGCGCCUGCCGCGCCGAUCAAGAGGGGGCCAGGGGUUUUCCGCUUCCACUUCAAGAAGCCCCAGGGGCUCAUUGACCUGAGCACGCCGACGCCGAAGCAGAAGCGCAUGACCCUCGAUGAGGAGCUCUCGCGCAUGGUAGGCGAGGGCGAGGCGGCGGGCGCCGCGGCUGCGAGUUCGAGCGAUGUCGCGCCAGCGUGA